AUGGAUAAAGAAAGCUUCCUGCUAAGUGAAAAAAUAAAAUUUGAUAAAUUCAACGAAAAUGUUGAAGAAGAAUAUAAAAAAAGAUUUAAUUCAAAUAGUAAAAUAGAUGAAUAUUUUGAAGAUAAUAUUUCUUUAUCAGAUGAAAAAAAGAGAAAAGAAAAAAUAUUUUUAUAUAAUUUUAUAUCUCCUUUCAUAGAUUUAGGAAAACGUUUUUAUUCUUCCUUAAAAUUAGUAUAUGAACCAAAAUUAUAUCAUUUCUCAAUUUUCUUAACUAUAUUAUGGGCUUAUAAAAAUACAAAAUGCAUAAACAAAUUAUUAUUUUAUAAAUAUAAUGAUAUUUAUUAUCAAAUUACAAGACCUGACUCAUUAAAUAGUAGAUAUAAAGCUUUUAAAACUUUAGUUAUUGGAGGAUUAGUAAUACCUUGUUCUUUUAUCGCGUUUUCUAUUUAUGAUAUAAACAAAGAAAAAAAAAAAUUUUUAUUCAUAAAAAGUUCUGAAGAACCAUUUUCUAAAAAACAUAAUAUACUUAUUCCCUACACAUUAAAGAGAAACAUUUCAAAAAAAAUUGUAAGUUUAAAGAAAAAAACCCUAUUUUUUGCAAAGGAUCUAGCUGAAAAUAAUAACUUUAAGAGAUUAUCAAAAGAAUAUCAUAAAAAUAUAGAUAACAGAUUACGUAAAUAUUAUAUAAAGAAAGAUGAAUUAAUUUAG